AUGAGGAGCGUAGUAGCAUACUCUCGUGUCAAGGGGUGCCAGACGCAGGUGUGCUGGGUGUGGCAGAAAGUUCAGCACAGCACUCAGAAGGGAGUUCACACCACCCAGAGCAGCACGCAGGAGAGCAGGGAGAGCGACGGGAACAGGGAGGAGGAGGAGAAAAAGGGGAGCGAGGAGGCACAGCAGCAGUACAGCCUGCAGGGCAUUCUGCGCUACGAGCACAUCUACGGGCGCGGAUUCGUCAGCACUGGCGGUCGAGCAUCAACGCUCUCUUUCCUCCCGUUGCUCUCGCUCUCCCCAAAGCAUCGGGUGCUGGAUGUUGGGUGUGGGCUGGGGGGCAGCGCACUGCUCAUGGCUGAGACCUAUGGCGCCAGCGUGCAUGCCAUCGACCUCUCCCCUACCAUGGUACUGUGCCUUUCACACAUACAUAUCUCUCUUGCCAUCGAGCGAUCCCGCAGCAUCCGUGCAGCAAAUGCCACGUCAGCACCCAUGUCAGCAUCCACGUCAGCAUCCGUGCCCGUGUUGCAGUUUGAAGUGGCCGACUGCCUGACCAGAAACUUCCCCGAUGCUUCAUUUAACUGCAUCUACACCCGCGACACGCUGCUGCACAUCCAGGACAAGCCUUUCCUGUUCUCCCGCUUCCACCGCUGGUUGAAACCGGGCGGCAGAGUGCUGAUCACGGACUACUGUAGCGGAAAGGACAAGGAGGAGCAGUGGUCGGAGGAGUUCAGGGGUUACGUGGCACAACGCGGUUACCACCUGGUCACCGUCAAGCGCUACAGUGAGAUGCUCCAGACAGCUGGAUUCCACGUGCUCAAGGCGGAAGACCGAUCUCAGCAGGUGGGAUGCAGCUAA